AUGCAAACUCAUGGCCAGAUGCUUCACGUUCAGCAGAACGCCGGAGAGCUUAUUCCGAGCUUGGGAAGCGAGGACCUAGAAAGCCUUGGAGGAGUUGGGGUUUCUUCCAGCCUCGCAGAUAGUGUCGCAUAUGAUCAUCUCAGCGCCUGUCUUGUCGCACGCGUUCCAGGCCAGCUCCGCGAGAACGGUUACAGACUCGGUGGUCUUUCGAAUGAUAGUCAUGAUUCCCAUGCUCUGGACGAUGAUGCUCCCUAUCAAAUACGCGGCGCACAUCGUCGUCCAGUGCCUGCUCGGGUACGCGAGGUCGUGCUGGUUCAACUUCGCAUUGAGGUCAAGGUUACGAUCAUGUUCUCCUUCGCGCACAGUAUCAGUAUCGACUAUGUGGCUAUGAUGAGGAUCCUGUCCAGGUUUGUACACAGCUCGUUGGUUUUCUCCGGGCUUAUGAUUCUGAUCGGGAUCUCGUUCUUCGCCAGGUACGCAGACGUAAUGCUGGAUAGUAUCAAAGAGCUGUACCCGAAAAUUCGCCAGUUCAGCACCCUGAUCUCGGUCACAACCCCCUCUGAGAUCUUGUACGUGCUCUCGUGUCUGGCGAAGAACGAGACAACAAACCUUCAACCAGUACCUUUUCGGGCUGCUGUACCACUGCCUCGUCGUGGCAAAGCUGGUGGUCUUACACACAGAGCACAUCAUCCCAUAAUCCUCUCCCGCCGCUCGUGGCUCAUCACGAUCAAGUUCACGUCUACAACAAUCAUCAACAGGAAAGCGAUCGAAGUCUUGAACUCACGCAGGCAUGUCGCUCCAGAACGCGUACAUCAACCGAUGACAUCCAUGAACCAUAUCAGGCAAAUGGGCCAUGAUCAGAACCUCGAACAGAUCUCUGCUGAUGGUCCACAUCCUUCAGGCCCUUGGGGCUUGCGAUGUGGAAUCGAACUUUGGAUUUCCAUCUUCACAGGUACGCUUCCACAAACGACACCAAUAUCGAGCUCUCAAAGCUCAAACAAAUCGAGCAUCAGCAGGGUAAUUGCGUCCAUAUCCAUGUUCUUGUUCUCAUCCGUCUGCUCAGAGCAGUCCAUGCAUGAGAUCUGGAUCUUGAUCGGGCCGGAUGAUGAUGUAUCCACUGAUAUCUUACGCACAGAAUCUCGCCCUUCAUCGGUGAAGAAGCAAGCCCAGCUGAUUUGGCCUCACUAG